AUGUUCGGCGGCGGCUCCAGCUCCGCCGCCUCCAAGUCCGUGAGCGGGUCCGCAUCAGAUUCAGGCAGCAGCGGAAAGGACAGGUCAAGCAGCAAGUCGCCCUCUCCCGAAAAGGAGGUGUCGGGCAACGGAGGCGCGUCGCCGAAAUCUAUCAAGUCCAACGAUCAGUCCGCCGCCGGCGACACUUCCACCGGCAACGGGAGUCCACCGAGCACUGGUAGCUCAUCUGAUAGCAAAAAGAAGCGGAUCAGUGGGACUUCCCUGCAAAAGCUCGGCAAGCAAGAUCAGGCCCUUGCUGUUCCUCAAGGCCAGCACAACAAUGCCGCUGGUGAAUCACUCCCCGGGCCGCGCUCCACGUUCAAGGUUGGUGUCUGGGAGGACCGCAACAAGAAAUGCAGACGUACCAUGGAAGAUACACAUGCUUUCCUCUACAACUUCCUUCAUACUCCUGCCCCUGUCUUGGGCGCCGAGGGCCCGGCCCCGAAGCAAUCAAAACCGGCGGACGAACCACUGGGGCAGCGCAGUAGUAGUCCCGCCAGCCAGAAUGCAGACAUGAUGGAGACAGACAAUGGCUACUUUGCUAUCUUCGAUGGUCAUGCUGGCACCUUUGCUGCUGACUGGUGUGGCAAGAAGCUGCACAUUAUCCUUGAAGAUAUUAUCAAGAAGAACCCGAAUGCUCCUAUACCGGAACUGCUUGAUCAAACUUUCACCACUGUGGAUGUCGAGCUAGAAGCGCUUCCGCUUAAGAAUAGUGGUUGCACGGCUGCCGUUGCGGUGCUGCGCUGGGAGGACCGAGUCCCGAGUAACCAGUCGGCGACCGGCUCUCAGGCUAUCGCCCCCGCGGUUGUCAAGGCCACUGAGGAUGCUCUCAAGGUGGAGGAUGGGCAGUCCGAGAAAAGCCCCAGUUCUUCAAUCCCGGAAGCUACACACGCCAAGUUGAAGAAUUCUGCAACAAGACAGCGGGUGCUCUACACAGCCAAUGUGGGAGAUGCUCGCAUCGUCCUCUGUCGCUCUGGCAAGGCGUUGCGCCUGUCAUAUGACCACAAAGGCAGCGAUGAGAAUGAGGGCAAGCGUAUAGCAAACGCUGGAGGUCUGAUCCUAAACAACCGCGUGAACGGAGUCCUUGCUGUCACCCGAGCUCUUGGUGAUACUUAUAUCAAAGACCUCGUCACAGGUCAUCCUUAUACCACGGAGACGGUUAUCCAACCGGAAUGGGACGAGUUCAUGAUUAUUGCUUGUGAUGGUCUUUGGGAUGUUUGCUCGGAUCAGGAAGCAGUCGACCUUGUGCGUGACAUCCAGGAACCGGUAAUUGCCGCCAAGAAACUGGUCGAUCAUGCUCUAUCUCGCUUCAGCACUGACAACCUCUCAUGCAUGAUUGUCCGAUUCGACAAACAAGCCCUGCUUGAGAACCAGAACAACAAAGACAACGCCAUUGGCGUUGAGGGUGAUGCAACUACGGCUGCGGGUACGGUUACCGAGACGGAGAAGAUUGUCACGGCAACUAAGCAGAAGAUUGCGGAGGGCAGCACACCGGCGGUUGGGAUAUCGGCGAGCAACUUUGGUCGCGGUCACGACCCCACACCCAUUGCCACGCCCGUCGAGGACGGAGAGAAGAAGCCAUUCGUCCCUACCACGAUCGAGGGCUCUGUAGAAGAAGAGCCAGUCAUCAUCCACAAGUCUCCGGAAGCGACCCCGGACGGUUCCGUAACGGCAAUGGAGUUGGACUCGGUGCCUGAAAUGCAGAAGCAGUCGGACGUGUAG